CGUCGUGUUCGUUUGUUCUUGUCGCGAACUUGACCGGCGGCUGACUGACAACAGGUGAACGGGAGUUCAGCGGCAGAAACGCAGAGCUCAGGACACCAGAGCGGGAUUAAAUACGCGAUGAGAAGACGGUAACAAAAAAGAAAAUCCUGACAGUCCUUUUGCAAUUGGAAGAGGAUGGGACGUCCUACGGUGCUUUUGUUUCCUGUGAGAGGAAAACUUCAAUCACGUCAAUGCCCCGUCAUCAUUGGUCCGCUUAAUGUUUCAUGAAACCUCCCUAGGUGUUGUCUGAUUGGUUCUUCAUUGUACUGUGACGACUUGACAGCCAAUCCGCAUCUGUCUGGCAGCGCCUCUGCAGCAGAUUUCUGCUUCAGCUGGGACAGAGCACAACAAGACAGAGACAGAGAGAGAGAGGGGAGAUCGAGGUUCAACACUGCUGAAUUGGGGGUUUUGCACAAGUGAUCACCAGCAUGGAGGUGCCCAGGAGGCCUCAGCCCUCCUCUUUCACACUGGCUUUCCCUAAACCGGCCUCAACUGCCCUGUCUCCCCUCGGAGCUGUAGAGAAGCUCCAGGAGAAGAAGGAUGGGAUCGUAGAGAACGAUCAAUUCGGAGAAGAGACGUUCAGUACAGAGGAGGAGUCAGAUGUGUCUGUGACCUCAGAACUUGUAGAUACAAAUGCUUCCACUAUGGAAAGAAAUUUAAGGCUUUCCUCGCAGGAUAGUUUCUCAGAGGAGAACUCAAUAUCAGAGGAGAUGUUGGCGGAGGAGGCAAAAGAGGCCAAAAAGAGGUCUGAAGAGGAGGAAGCAGCAGCUAAAGAGAGGGCAGCCCAGAGACAGAUGCUGGCCAUAGAGGAACUGGUCCAGUCUGAGAGGAAUUACCUGCGACUACUGCAAGUUAGCACUGUGACCAUCAGGAGCAACCUAGAGAAACUACAGCCACCUCUUGCCAACCUGGACAGCAUGUUUCUAUAUAUAGCAGAUGUGAUGGAUGUGUCAAGUCAACUCCUCAGCCUGCUGGACCAGAAGCAGGUUCAGCCUGGAGAACCUCUCUUCUUGGAGACACUCUGUAAUUCGUUCCUCAGCCUGUCUUCAGACAUUGAAGCAGCCUAUAAGGAAUACCUGGCCAACUACAACAACGUUACAGUGGUGGAGAACAGCUACAAACAGAAGGAAGCGCUCUGGAAUGAGAUUGUCAAAGUCAUCAAGAGCUCAGCGCCUGAAGUGAAUGCCACCUCUUUGAGUUUCUUCUUGGUGAUGCCGGUGCAGCGGAUUGCACGCUACCCCCUCCUUCUGCAGACCAUCCAGAAACACACUGACAGAUCCCACCCAGCAUAUGCACUUCUGGAGGAGACCGCUCACACGUCCAUCGCCUUGAACUGUCGCAUCAAUGAGUACAAACGCUUCAGAGAAGUUGCGGACAAAUACAAGAAGACAGAAUUCCUGACCAUAAAGGACAAGUUCAACCGCCUCAACACUCACAGCAUCGUAAAGAAGACAACGAGGAUCAGCCAGUACAUCAAACAUGAGACUGGAAUGGCACCUAAGCUUGUGGAUGAGGAGUUUGAUGCCCUGCAAGGUUUCUUUGAUGUCCUGGAUCAUGGGAUCCUGGAGCUCCUUGAGAACAUAGAGACAUAUCUGCACCACCUACAGGCGUUCCUGGCCUGCAAAACAGAGGAGUUUGACUUGGACAUGGAUGGAGAGAAGGCACCUAUUUGCUACAAGGAGAUCACUACCGCCCUCAGACAGUGGAUUCUUCCAACAUUUGAGAAGAGGAUGAGGACAUUAAUCCACAAGCCGCUGUGUGCACUCCGUGACCUCCUGGUGGGCCCAAGGAACCUGAUCAGGAAAAGACUGGACAAGCUGCUCGACUAUGAAGUGAUUUGUGACAAAUCCAGUCUGAGCUAUGAGGAACAGGCAGUGGCCAACACGUACAGGACAAUCAACACGUUGCUCCUCAAUGAGCUUCCUCAGUUUAAUGGUCUGGCUCUGCAGAUGAUCUGGAGCAUGUUAGGGACGUUCAGCUGUCUGCAUAAAGACCUCACCUCAGACAUGGAGCAACUGUUCCAGAGCUUUGCACAACAGCUUCCUCACAGCUCUCUUGACCCCAGUGCAUUCUGGGGGUGGGCCGAGUCUGCAGUGUUGGAAGGUGCGAGGAGGCUGCAGACUUUGUGUCAAAGUGUAGAGGACACGCUCAAGGCGCCCUUUGUCCAGCCUCUGAGUCCAUCCUCUCAGCGCCGUCUGAAGCAACUUACAGAUAAGCACGGCUCUGGAAAAAUCUACCAGGUGAUCGGGACGGCGGUGGCCAGCCGGGACCUGGACCUGAACCUGGCCAAAGGGGAGCUGGUGGCCAUUAUCACUGAGGAAGAUAGCCGCGGAGACAAACGAAGAUGGCUGGUCGAUGCAGGAGGCAGAAGAGGGUACGUUCCUUCCUCGAAGCUGCUUCGCUAUCACCAGGCAACAGAGGAGCCGCCCCCUUCGCCGCACGUGACCCUUCCUGAGGAUCUGACAGCAAUGAGAAGACACUCCUACACCCCAGAGGGCCGGCCACUGAGAGUCACGAGCCAGCUGUUCUUCCAGGUGUUUGCGGCCUAUGACUUCAAAGCCAGAGGAAACCAUGAAGUGUCUGUUCGGUCAGGCGAGCCAGUUCGUGUCCUUGAGCCCCACGACAAACGAGGGAACCCUGAGUGGAGUCUGGUGGAGGCGAGAGGUGGGCAGAGAGGCUACGUGCCCUCCAACUAUCUCACAAUCAUGCCUGUGGGGACUGGGCCACCUGGCAAAUACUAGCCCCGCUGCUAAGAGCGAAGGACGGAAGAAGACAUACCGCAGUGUGAACAUAUACAGUAUGACAAGGAUUUCACCAAUACUGUCUUUAGAAGGAUUACAGUAUUGUUGUAAUGAAGCUGCCUCUACUUCUCAAAUAGCAUGUAUCUACACAGUGACCAUCAGUUAUUUUGUUUUUAAACCAACAUUAGAGACAUUAAAUAUAAUAUUUUGAUGGGCCACAGUGUUAAUUUAACACUGUAAUUUUUUUUCUAUAUACAUUUCCUGUGCAAACCAGUAUGGUGAGAUUUUUAAAAUUGCUAGGAAAAGAAAGUAAAUGUCAAGUCAUGUAAUUUUAUUUAUAUAGUCCAAAAUCACAGAUUUGCCUCAAAGGGCUUUACAAUCUUUACAGCAAAGAACACCCUCUGUUCUUAGAUGCUGAUUGGUAAGGAAAGAAAGAGAAAAUCUUCCCAUCGUAACCUUUCACAAGUGAAGGCUUAUUGGCCUUUUCUAUUGUAAUUUCAGCACUAAUUCUAAAAAAAAAUAGCUUGCUGGUGCAACAGUAUGAAAAUGUCAGAAAGCCAGAAAAAGCGUAAAGCUAAUGGUUUAAGAGGCUAAAAGAUGUGCAAGAGGAUAUUUAUACAUUUGGUCGGUAAACCUGUAGAGGUGAUUACAUGAGGCAUUUUUAUUCUGAUUGGCUAUUAUUCCGAUUAUUAGUGGAAUACUGGGCUCCAUGGAAAAGCAGUUAGAUCUUCUUCACUGUGGACAUGGCUAGACAUAAUCCUUGACCUUAUUAAUGUUAAUAUUUGUGACACACAGGAAAAAAUGAAGGACUCUGUAGCUGGCAGUUAUAUGCUGUGUUGCUAAUGAGCAGCACAGAUUCUUGCUGAGAUGGAAAUUUAACUCUGCAUUUAACUGCAUUUUACCGCUGAAGGACAAUCUUCAGGUUGCACUGCAAUUUUUUUUAUGAUCAUUGUUUAAAAAGCACCAGAGACUAUGGGUGAAUAGUUUUGAAGGUGAAUGGGGGCUAUCUCAGCUGUCUGAGGUGAGGGAAGUUGACUUAUAUCCCAUGAUCCUCAGCAGGACAUAAGGACACUUGAAUUGAAAAUGAUGAAAAGAUUGCAUGUUCUCAUUAGUGUGCCCGUGUAUUACCGAACUAACUGCAAAAAGUGUGUGUGCGUCUGUAUGGAUGAUAAGAAGUUGGGCUGGUGUGUGUGUGUGUGUGUGUGUGUGUGUGUGUUAAGACUCCUCCUCACCUGGAGGCAGGAGCAAUGCUAUAUCGAGACUGACAGGUACACAGCGCUCUCAUCAUCUCAGACUGUGUAAUGUGAUGUAAAUGCAAAAUGUCUCCAGGGCCGAGUAGCAGAGAAAGAUGGAGAGGGGAGAGGUGGAGGCAGAGAUGUAAAGACAGACGAAGGUAUUCAUACGAUAAACUGAAACAGAUGGAGGGUAACAAUAAGAGACUAAAUUGCUCCUUAGAUAUAAAAUAGUGUAGACUGGACUGGCAUUUAAUUGUUUGUGUCUGUUUAGUGAACGUUUGCCGCUUCAGUAUCUUCUUGUUACAAAGAGGAACCACCCUUCACUGAAAAAAAAAAAGUACCAUGUACUAAGUAUGUCCACUUCUGUAUCUAUAAGUCGUUUUAUUUUUACACAUUUUAUUUCUGUUUUAAAGUCAGUGUAUUUUAAAAUAUGCAUUUUUGGUUGUACGUCAUUCCUAUCUCUUUAAGUUAACAUAUUUAUCCUGCAAACCUACUUUUUAGAUUUGGAGUCAAGUCUUCAUCUCCAGCAGUUUGUUAUGUUUAACAAUAUAUUUAAAGCUUAAAAAAUAUUAUUGAAUGGUUAAAGGAUCCUGAUGUCCACCAGAAUAUUGAGCUAUCCCUUAUGUGACAAAAUAAUUUCAUGUCUCAACAUGUCAGCAUUAAUGGAAAAGACCAAAUCAUCAAAACUUUGCCAACUAAGAAUGCGGAUUAAGAUAAUUGUGAUUAAGCCCCACCCCUUUCAUUUUAUACUCCAAUCACCGCUGAACAAGAAUUCAGACAACUUCCGAGGAGUAGAACAAACUAAAUGUCAGACUUGUAAAUAGCGUUCAUGUUAACAUCCAACUCAUUAUUAUGUUGGGGACACUUUUUUUUCUGAAACCUCAGUUAUAGCCAACUUGAUAUUUAACAAAAUAGAAGUGCCUGAAAACCAAACAAACAUGGACGCUUCAACAUCAGCUAUAGUCUGCCUUUCAAUAUUAUUUAACCCUAAUUCAAUGGAUAUGGUGGUAUAAUGUCACAUGUCCAACUCUGUAAUCAUACAACCGUUUUGAUGAUAUGAAUAUUUCAAGUCAUGAACAAGGGAAUUUUGCGCAUAAAUUCCAUCCAUCCAUCACAUGUUAUGUGAACACAGCACAGUGUCUCCCAUGAUUAGCAAGAUAUUGAGGAUAUUUUUGAAAGGAAAAGCGACAUUUAAAUCUUUAUGAUAAUUUUUCCAGCACGGUGGCAUCUGUUGACUGAAUAUGACUCCUGAACGUGUUACACGAGCAUGUUUUGCAUAAAAUUGACCCCUUUCCCUCUGGAUUGUGCUGUAUCAGCUGCUGUGCGAGUGAAACAGAGGGAGGGAGGCUGGGAUUCAGCUGCUCAGCUGGAGCUUAGCUUUUCCCAUCCGUCUGAAUGUCAGGACGGAGCAGAGCAGCAGGAGAGACAGAGAGUGUGUGUGUGAGAUGUUACCAAAAUACCAAAUGUCCUCAAGGUUAGCAAGAUGAAGGAAAAUAAAGAAAAUCCCACAACCUGACAACAUUUUACCUGCUUUCACCUCUUCAAAGCCAGUUUAGGGAGAAACAGAAAAAUGUUGUUAAAAACAGGUGAUGGCAUUAAACCUUGCUUUUUGGAAUCUGUUCUGCUAUUAAGUAUUUAUUUUUAAUAACCAUUAAUGGCAAAGUAAUAGUGUGAAGCUGCUGUCGGUGAUGCUCUCUGCAAUUUUGAAUCAAUUUUGUAUUUCUUAAUAGUUAAAUAUUUUCUUAUUCCUUAUGGAAACCUGGCCAAAAAUGUAGAUAAUGUAAAAACUAAACUUAGUUACAUUACCAAUUAUUUCACCCUGGAAAAGAUUGAGAGCCAUUUGCUUGUGAUAUAUGAUAUGAAGUAGCAGCGGGUUUAUGUAAAAUCUUCCUUUGUGAUCAGAAACUGGAUAAUGUAAUGUAAACUGGAUAAUGUAUGGACCACACAUGUCAGGUUUGGUGACGUCCUUACAGAUGUGUGUGUGUGUGUGUUUGUGUGUGCGUGCGCCUAAAGAGGCUUUAAUUUUUCACCUCUCUACCACUAGAGGGAGUAGGAGACUUUGGUUGAUGUGAAAGCCUGUGUAUUUUUCACCCUGAACUGAAAUGUGUGUGUGUGUGUGUGUGUGUGUUUGUUAGACCUCUUUAACUUUGUCAGUAUUAGUUGUUGCCUGAGAACAGACCCUGAGCAUAAUCCUCUACGUUCUGUUCAUAUUGUUCAGUUUACCUCAGAUUUUUUUUAUGGGCCCACUGUCAAACCAACAUUUGAUGUGUAACAUGUUUAACCUGUUGAUGAUCUUGUUUUGUACAUCAUUUUCUGUUUAUAAUUUAUUGUUUUGUAUCUGUGUUUACUCAUACUGUUGUUUUAACUUAUUUGACGCAACAGGGCACACACAGUAUUCACAGAGCAGAUGCAGAGUUUCUGCAGUGCAGCAGUAGAAUCUGUCAGCGCAGCUGUGAACUGACUGAGUGGCUUCAAUAAAACUAAACAGAAACCUG